AUGUGCAGAGAUAUUUCUGUGCCUCCUACGACCAAAUCCUCUCCCUAUCCUCGUUCACUACAGGUUGUCCUCGUAGUCUCACUGUUUCUCGCCAAGAGUAAAACAAACGCCUGCGCGGGCGGCCAUAAACCGUUCCCAGGUGUGGCGGACACCGGUUCAGCUCGGGGGCCCGCGCUGGCACCAGCUAUCGCGCAAACGCGGGGUCCGUGCCUCGGGAAGGGCGGGGCGGAGGCGCCGCCCCUCGCCUCAGCGACCGCCCUCGGCCCAGGCGGGCGGCGGGCCUGCUGCUGGACGGGCCUUUUGGGGAGAAAAACUCUGAGAAAGGUCCCGGCAGCAGCGGCCGGACUGCCUGGCGUGCUCGCCCGAUUUCCCGUGGGUUGCGCAGGGGCAGGGAGCGAAGGAGCCUGCGGCUGCGAGCUCCCCUCGGGAGCGCGGGCUGCAGCCGCGCAGGGCUUAACGAAACGGGCCGCUGCCUUCUCCUACCUGAUGGCGCCUGAGCCGCAAACCACAGCUGAAGCCGGGCGGCUGGCUCCAGCGGUAGAUCCAGCUGCAGGACCACGCGGAACUUUACGGAAGGGUCGGCAUCAACCCUGGUUACGGCCCCGUAUUUUUCAGACUCGUGUUGCUGGGGAGGAAACUUCCCACGGGAACUCUAAUUUGAAAAGUAAUUUGUUCGAAGAACACGUUGAGAACAAGUCACCGAUGAUGAAAAUCAGGGCACUGACGUAACCCGAGUGGGGAAGCUGGACCCCUUACAGCGCAUCUGGCAUGAAUAAAAUGGGAAAAGCUUGGUUAAGAGCAAAGACAGACAAUAGUCAUAGUUUUGUUUCCAUUUAUUAAUGCUGCCAAUUAAAACCUACAUGUCUGUUUAGUACGCUUUGGAUACAGAUUUUAAAGGAACUCGACAGCUCACAAAUUACAAUAAAAAAGCACUAAACGUCUGAUUAUCUUUCCAUUAAGGUCAUACAGACUCUACAUAUGCUAUGUAGAUAGCAUCCACCGGUGGGUAUUUAAUCUGCCCCCACCACCCUGGUCUUCACGGUUCUCAGUUGUAUUUCUCAUUUGCUCCCGUCUUUGAGCAAUUCAAGUUUACGCAUGUCUCAGGGUUUAGACUGCUGUUGUAAGGCAACUGCAAUGUGGGUACUACUCAUCAAAUAUGGUAUCCUUACAGGAGACAUCAACAACAAAAAAACAACCAGCAUGAGCAGAAUCUUACAUGUAAAGGCAAGAGAAAAUUAGAAAUUUAAUAAUUAUAAUGCAGUUCAGAGUAUAAUAUAUUAACAAUACUUUUAUAAAUACGUUAUCUUUUCAAUAUUUCCCCAUCAAUAAUAAAUAUAUUCAUAAUCUGUCAUUAUUACUAAGAAUGUAAGCAUUGUACUAGCACUCUACUAUUUAAAAAAAAAAAAAAAUGGUUGCUGAAAAGUUACUUUUUUCCCUCCUUCUCUAGCAGCCGCACUGUCUCCCUUGAGAUGUGGAUAUUCUACUAAAGUACAAUUCUGAGAUUUGGUAAUUAUUUUUAACAUCGAACAGUAUUAAUUGGCACAGACUGCAUUAACUUUUGCACACAGGGCACAAUAAAUCCAGGUUCACAUAUUAACUAUUCAUACAGUAUUUUUUGCUUACAGGUAUGUUGCAAAGCUACAGAACAGAAACAGCAGUUAGGUUCUUCUUUCAAAAUGUUCAACACUUUUGUUCUUGAGUUGAUUACAUAGCCCAGAUUCCACUGUCAGAUGACCUAACAUUAAUACUCUACAAAGGAAUUAUCACGUGGGGAAAAGAGGGUAUGAGAGACUGAAUACUAAAGCGGCUGUCUUGGUUUCAGCUGGAAUAGAGUUAAUUGUCUUCCUAGUAGCUGGUACAGCAUUAUGUUUUGAGUUUGGUAUAAGAGGAAUGUUGAUAACGCACUGAUGUUUUCAGUUGUUGCUAAGUAGUGUUUAUACCAAGUCAAGGAUUUUUCAGCUCCUCAUGCCCAGCCAGCAAGAAGGCUGGAGGAGCACAGAAGUUGGGAGGGGACACA